AUGAUCAGAUCAUAUUGUAAUUUGGGUAUGGAAAUGAAAAAAUUAAACGAUAGAAAAGAAUUUCGAAAAGCACUUGUUUUAUUUAAUGAAUAUGAAGAUAAAAAUAGUGGAAUAAUAUCGGAUGUGGCUAUUAAUCAAGCAUUAAAAUCGUUUACAAAUAUAGAAGAUUUUCAAGGUGGUUCAUAUAUAUAUAUUAAAUAUUCAUCUCGUAUAGAAAAGAAUUGUUUUAUAUUAGCAUCACUUAUUCAUUUCUACAUGCAAUGUGGAGAUGUUAAUCGUGCUGAACAAAUAUAUAAUAAAUCAAAUAAUAAAACAAUGGGUAUUUAUGGAGCAAUGAUGAAAGGUUUAAUUAAAAAUAAUAUGUUAAAUGAAACAAUUAAUAUUUUCUUUAAAAUUUCAAAUCCAGAUGAAAUAAUUUUAAUACUUUUUUUUCAUGCUUGUGCUCGAAUAGGAACAAAAGAAACAUUAAAUUUGGUCAAGAAAGUUUUAUCAAAUAUUCCGAAUUGUUAUAGAAAAAAUUCAAAUAUAUUGACAACUGCUUUUGAUGCAUUUAUCAAAUGUGGUGAUUUAUCAUCUGCUGAACUAAUUUUUUCUAAUAUAAAAAGAAAUAGAAUUAGUUAUGGAAAUUUAAUGAAUGCUUUUAAUAGAAAUUAUCAACCAGAUAAAACUUUAGAUUUAUAUAAUAAAAUGAAAAUUGAUAGAAUUAAAUUAGAUAUUAUAUGUUGGCUUCAUUUAAUAAAUGCAUCUGCUAAUAUUGGAAUUAUUUCAAUAUGUCAAUCAAUAUUUGAACAAAUUCCAAUGGAUUUUAUUGAGAAUUCUUAUAUUAAGAAUGCAUUAAUUGACAUGUGGGGAAAAUCAGGUUGUAUAGAUAAAGCGAAAAAUAUAUUUCAAUCAUUAACUCAACCAGAUACAAUUGGAUAUACAUCAAUGAUUAAUUCAUAUGGUUUAAAUGGAAUGGGUAUUGAAGCAAUAAAACUUUUUGAUAAAAUGCCACGAGAAUUGAUUUUCGAAGAAACAUAUGUUUGUGUUUUAAAUGCAUGUUCACAUUCAGGACUUGUUGAUCAUGCUCGAUCAAUAUUUAUUAAUAUUAUUAAUAAAACAGAGAAAAUUUAUACUACUAUGGUUGAUUGUCUUAGUCGUGCAUUUCUUUUUGAAGAAGCACAAAUAUUGAUUAACAAUUUUGAAUUACAUCAUUCACCUUCACCAACUAUGCUCAUGUCAUUAUUAUCCGGUGCUCGAAAUAAGAAAGAUAAUCAUUUAUCAGAAAAAAUAUACAUUCGUAUUGAAGAAAAAUUUCCUAAACAUAAAAAUCGACUAGUAUCUGCUUCAAUUCUACUUUCUAAUGCUCACGCAUCAGUAGGUGAUAUAGAAAAAUCAUUGAAUAUCAAAAAUAAAUUAUAUCAACUUGGUCUAAAGAAAAAAAUUGGUCUGUCUUUUACUGAAAUCAAUGGUCAAAUAUUUAAAUUUCGAGCUCAUGAUCGGUCUCAUCCUCGAUCAAAAGAUAUUUAUGCUGAAAAUGAUAAAAUAUCGAACGAGCUUAUUGAACAUGGUCAUCAAUUUGAUUCUGCUUGGAUUACACGAUUAUUAGACGAAGAUGAAACGAUUGCAUCUGUUCUUAGUGGACAUAGUGAAAGACUUGCAAUAGCCUGGAAUUUUGUUGCAAAUCCAAAUACAAAACAAAUUCAAAUAACAAAAAAUCUUCGUAUUUGUGGUGAUUGUCAUCAAGUAACAAAAUUAAUAGCUGCUAUUCGUCAAUGUGAAAUUAUUGUUCGAGAUGCAAAUCGAAUUCAUCAUUUCUACACAAAUGGACAAUGCUCAUGUCAAGAUUAUUUUUAA